AUUUUAUAUAAAUUUCACCAGUGAUGAUUUGUUUUCAAAAAUUUCAACAAAUGGCCCGUUCGUUCUCAAGCUAAUCGGCAUGAUUGAAAUGCUUGAAAAACUGGAGGCCCCGUUACACCCACUGUUAGCAAUUGAUCUCAUUUUGGGAGCAUUGCCAGCAGAGUAUGGUCAAAUUGUCGUGAAUUUCUAUAUGAACAAACUCGACAUGACCUUAGCUGAGCUGUUGAAAUUCCUCACCACCGCUGAGGAGAGUCUUGGGAGAGGAAAGGCAAAGCCCGUCCUAAUGGUGGAGGACGGUGCGCUGGAAAAGAGAGGUGGGUCACGUCCGCCGGCCGGGAAAAGAGGCAAGGGGUCCAAGAACCCUAAGCUUAGUUCCAGCCUCUCUGCGCAGAAGCCUAAAGCGAGAGUCCAGAAGAAGAAGAAAGUCGCUGUUGUCUAUUACCAUUGUGGCAAAAAGGGCCACUGGAGGCGCAACUGCGCAAAGCUUAUGGCAGAGAGGAAAGCGGGCAAACAGCCCGUCACCUCAGAAUCUGCAUGAGGAAAAUUAUUUCUGUCUCCUGCUUUGACAAAGCAGGAUAUUCCAUUGUUGUAAAAGACAAAUGUUUGAAUGUUUUCAGAAAUGAUACGUUUUAUGCAACUGCUCAAAUAUAAGCAAAUGAAUCAAGGAAAGAAAAAUUG